AUGUCGAUCGAAUUAGAUCCAAACGAGCCGUUAGUGGACGUCAUCGUCGUGGACGAUGACGAUGAGCCGGUAGUGUUGGACAACGAGGAGGUUGCGCAAGAAGACGAUGACGACGACGAAGAGGAGAAGCCGCCACAGGUCAAAAAGUCUCGUGGCCGUCCGAAGAAGACUCCGGAAGUUGUGAAAUCGUCGGUUGCUGCGGCUUCUGGCGACGUCGAAGAUGCGGCGGACCCGGAAAAAGCUUUGGAUCCAGACCAUCCACAAUUCCUGACUCAAAAAGUCGUCGUCAAAAAGAGAGGACGUCCGCCGAAGGCUCAGAAAGCCGUCCCAUCUGCCUCCGUCGCUUCUUCGGCUUCCGUUUACCCGAAAAAGAAAGGCCGUCCGAAAAAGUUGCCGGGAGCUUCUGAACCGAAAAAGCGGGGACGGAAGCCGAAGAUUGUGGAGAAAGAGGAAUCGGAAGAGUCUGAGGUUGACAAAUAUGACGUGGAAGAGCAGGAGGAGCAGGAUGAGGAGCCCAUGAAACCCGUGGAGCAGAAAAAGAAACGUGGGCGUCCUAAGCAGCAGGUUGAAGGCGUCGUGAAAUCUCCUCCGAAGAAGCGCGAAAGAAAGCCGAAAAAUGCUCAGCCAGUUUUGGAGCCGGGACAAAAGAAGGCUCGCGGGCGUCCGAAGAAGAUUGUCAACGUUGAAGAAGAGAACGGCGACGACGAAGAAGACGACGAGGAUGACAACUUCUUUGACGUCGGCGGAGAGUUGCAGCAGGAGAAUUCGCAGCAAGACGAGAAAGAGGUACGGAAAAGGGUGUGGAAGAGCAUUUUUAUUUGAAUUUUCUAGGUUGCGGUCGAGAAACCGCAGAAAAAGCGUGGACGGCCGGCCAAGAAGGAUCAACUUGACGAUUCCGUGGAGAUUGACGGUGAGACGGAGGGAGAAGAAUCGGAGACGCCGACGAGCAAGGGAAGCAGCAGAAGCGCAUCAGGUUCUGCUAAACUGACUCCAGACGAAACGAAAGGACGGGGACGUCCGAAGAAGGCGACGACGCCACGCACUCCGGCGAAAAGCAGUGGGGGGCCUCCGAAGAAGCGAGGACGUCCGGCGAAGAAGGUGGUAGAGAAAUCUGAAGGUUCCGAAGCAUCGAAAGCGCCGGAUGGGGACCAGGAAGAGGAAGUGGAGGCGGCUAGAGAUCAGGCGCCGCACGGAGGCCUCGUAGACGUUCGACAUCACGCCAUCGACGACGAACUUCUCGAGGAGGGACGUCGUCAGGUUGUGGAGCAUCAACAGAGGAAGAAGCUGAUGCCGCGUAGAGUGGCCGAGCAGCCACGCGAGCCGGGAAUCGUCGUUCUGCUGCACAAUAGUCCAUCGGAGGACGGAUCUUCGGCCGGAUACGUCGUCGUCGGCGGUAACUCGACCGAUUCGGAUUCGUGCGACGAGGAGGAGCAGACGAAGAAAAAGGAGGAGGAGAAGGAAGAAGAACAAGAGAGCGAGGGAGAGGAUAAGAAGGACGACGAAGAUAGUGAUGAUGAUGAAGAGGCAAAUGGAGGAGGAGGCGGUGGAGACGGAGCAGUUGACAAUGACGACGACGAGCACAUGGAAGAGCCGGAGCACGAUGAUGCUCAUGAAGAGCAGGAAGAACAGCUCGAGCGCCGCAGUGGAGGCGGAUUCGGAGGCUACCAGAUGAGCGGUCUUACGGUAUGGACAAGCCUCUGUUACCUCCUCAAGUACAUAAUUUUUCAGCCGCUGAUCAACUCGCAAAUGUUCACCGAAGACAACAUCGAAAAGAUGCAGGCCAUCUGGAGUCAGGUGCAGAAUCACGGCAACCGCGAGCAAGUACUCAAGUACAAAAAAACGUUGCAAUGCGUUCUGAACGGUCGGGUCUCGUGUCUCGAACCGAUCCGCGCAUUCCUGCCCGACAUGCCGGAACAAGUGCUCGCCACGCACGAGGAUCUGUACACUCUGCUGUGUCAGUGCUCAGGAGAGGUCGGUCUUUGAGCAAAAUUGUUCAGUUUUAACAAAAUCACUUGGUUCAUAACUUUGCGAGAUCAUCAGUCCUGGUUUGGAGUGUCCACCGUGAACAUUUCAAUCUUAUAGUGCUCUGCAUUUAUUUGAUGUCAGAAAGCCCUUGUCUUGCGAAAAGAGAACGUUUCCGAAAAAUGUUCGGCUUGACAUCACUAAAUCUCCAGAUCACAUGGUCCGAUCCGGCUGAAACUUUCAAGAAAGACCUUCCAAGUCGAAACUGAUAAUAAUGCAACGUUAGGGUCCCAUCGGUUGAUGGAUAAUAUGGAGCAAUUGAGCCAAAACUUUGAAAAUCGCCGCUUUUUGAGUUGCCCUACAAGAACCACUCGGGAUCGCAGCUGCUCUCGCGUCACUGGCUCUCGGAUAGCACGAAAAUCGGCGCGCAGAUUCUUCUCGAGUGCCUCGACCGCGACGUGCUUCCGUUCAACAUCGUCGACAACGCGGAACUCUGUGAAGUAAUUCAAACUUACGUCAGAGUUGGUUUUUCACGUCAAAAUGUUGAAACGCUUGUUUCUGUUUGUAGAUCGGCGUGAAGGAUAUGCUGGAGGAGGCGACCGCGAGAAUCGCCGACGGAAAAUGCCGAAUCGAAAUUUCGGACAUUCAGGGAUCACUCGAAUCGCGCAUCCUCUACUGA